CGGGGGGCGUGGCUGGUGACGUGUCGGGCGCUGCCGGCGGCCCCGAUUAGUGCCGGGGUGCGGUGGGCACUCGGCACAACCUCGGCUUCCGCCGCUACCGCCGCUCGCUCCGCGCCCCCCCGGGCAGGUCUUUCAACUGAAGCCAAGUGAAGAACCUCAGCACUGCACUACACACCGUUUAACUCUGCUACGAUUUCACUAGCUGCAAAGCAGCUCCACUGCCACCAAGAGCCCGAGUGUUGAUUUUGGCCUUGCCUGCCCAUCGCUUCCAUCUCCGUGCCUGGGAGCCGUUGCUCAGCAAUAGCUUGAACUCACUGUGCAUCCUGCUGGACCACUCCUAACCAUGUUUCAGCGUUUCACCAGCCUCUUCUUCAGUGACAGCAACACACCAGAAGGCCUGGAGGAGCCCAAACCCUUUGUAGAGGAGGAGGAGGAGGAGGAGGAUGGCUGGCUCAUCAUUGAUCUUGCAGGCAGCCGUGCCCGCCCUGGCGCAGCUCGGCGAGUGGGUGCUGGUGGGACUGGGCGCUCCACGCGAUCCUGGCCAGGACCCCCAGCUCCACUGCCGCUGCCAGCCACUUCUCCGGCUCCAGCCGGUCCCUGCUUGAUGGAUGAGAGUUGGUUUGUCACCCCUCCCCCCUGUUUUACUGCAGAGGGUCCCGGCCCUGAUGGCAUGGGGAGCAGCCCCAUGGAGGACCUGCUUAUCGAGCACCCCAGCAUGUCUGUCUACAUCACCAGCACCCUCGAUGUGGAUGGGGAGGGCCUCGAGGACGAUACUGCCGGGGAGGUGCCAGAGCCACGGCUGGAGCGGCACGUGCCACACCACAGCCGGUCCCUGUCAGCGAAGGCUGCCAUCCUGGAGAAGGUGGGGCAGGCACGGCGCACGCAGCGGGCCAAGCAGCUGGCCGAGAGGCACCAGCUCAGCCAGAAGGCACUGCAGCGGCAGAAUCGGGCCCGACAGCGCCCGCUGCGCCGGCCCAGCCAGCAUGCUGGGACCUUUGUCCACCAGCCCUGCCAGCGCCACUGCAACUACUGACCUCGCCAGGAUGCCCGUGCUGCUAGGCCCCCCGCCACCUUCCCUGGCGGAGGGGUCAACCCCUCCCCAACACCCACUGUCCCGAUGAACACCGGUGGCACCGGGCUGUGGGCUCACUCCACAGAUGCGGCUCCACACGCCUGGCCCUGCUCCUCGUCUUCCUCCCCACCCUCACUGCUUCCCUUGAUGCCGGUUGGGCCAGCAGCCCCUGCUGGCAUGGGAGCUGUGCCACCCCUUCUGCCCUCGCAGCCACACCAGCCUGCACGCAGGAAAUCGUUAUUCCCGGUGAAAUCACCCGUUUCUGGAAUCCAUGGCAAAUCCUGUUUGUCCUGACGAGCCUGUGACAUCAGUGCCUUUCUUCAUGAUGCCAUCACUCUGCGAUAGCUGGACUGGGAUGUCACAAGCAGAGACACCGAGCACGAGUGAAAAGAGCAACAAAGCAACAAGAAUUGGGAGUUUUAGGAAAAUCUCAUCAGUUGCACUAAAUAAUGCUUCCUUCUCCCAAAACCAGCAACUCCCCCUUCCCUCCAUGAUUUUUUAACUCCAUUUUUACCAUGCUAAUACAUAAAUCCCACUGCCAGUCCCACCAGGGCUGGUGGUGGGGAAGAGCUGGUGGGAACCUUCAGGGCAGGGGCAGCCAGGCGGCUCCUGUGGCCUCAUGGUGUAUUUUUUAAAGGCAACCUUAAAAGCAAUCUCAGGAAACAAAGCACCGUCCCAGUGUAUCGCUGCCACCCUCAGCCACUACGACAGAGAUGCUUCCAGCCCUGGCCUAGCCACAGCAUCUCUGUGAGCAGGCAUCCCGCCGAGCCGCUGCUGCCUCACCUGAGCGAGCCCCUUCCUCCUGGAGCCACCUUCUGCCCAAGCUGCACCGAUAUCCAUACAUGUGUGUAGGUAUGUCUACAUGUCCCUGUACACUCAGAAGAGGCACCAUUUAAGCCCAGGAGAGUUGGCUGCCCAGCGCUGACCCGUGGGAGGGGAGUGGAGGCAGGGAUCUGCGCAGCAUCCACGAGGUGGCGAAAGCAUGUUGAAGCUAGUGGUGGAAGGAUGCUGAAGAGGCUGAAGUCGAGGCAGAGAUAGACCUGGAAGCAGCCGCAAAGGAACAGGAUGGGACAGGUGAGAGGGUUGCUGCAGUGGAGCUGCAGUGGGAAUGCCUUCUCCUCCCACUAAAAAUUCAAUCCUUUGUCAUGAAGGGCCAAAUUCCAUCAUGGAAAUCCCUCCCCUCCCUAUCAUGGACUUGUUUUUGGAGGACACGAUCCAGAGUUCUCACUAGCUCCAGCACCAGCUGAGAUGGCUCCAAAGCCAGCAGAACUUUGCCGAUCUUCCCCCAGCUUCCUCCCAUAAGGGUCUGGUUUUGCACCCUGUGCCAGGUCUGACCAUGGUGUCCUGCUUAUGGCCAGCUCACAGCCCAGAUUCCCAUCCUCUGAGACAAGAAAUAGCCCCACCUUCCCCCCGGCAAAUGCUGAUUUCAUAGGUUUCUUCCAUUCUCCGCGUUAACAUCCCCUAGUAUCAGCUUGGGACCUGGGUUGAAGGAUUCGUAAGCCUAGACAGCUGGUAUUUGUUGAUCUUUUUUAAAUGCGAUUAAAACCAAACUAAGCCCUCUUAGGAGCACCAGCCCUGAGGCUGUGCCCGGGAGCCUGGACUGUGGAGGAGCCACCUCAGCAUUUCUCUCUUGCUGCAAUGCCAUGGCAUUCCCAAAAGCACAGAAAGAACUGAAAACCAACUUCAAGUAUCUCUUUUCAACCUUCUUCCAGGCCAGUUUCUUGUUUCAAGUCCUCCCGAGACGCAGUGCUCUCAUCACAUGGAUGCUGAGAUGCCUCCUGCCCCUUCGGCUGCAGUGGCCAGUGCAGAUGGGCAAGUGCAGUGCUGGCGGCUGGGCUAGGGGAGAUACUGGGCCGUAUUCUGCACGUGCCAGACUGAUUUGGUCCACUGCUCUUUUCAGCCUUUCUGGAAAGUAUGCUGGCAGCAGGAUUGGUUUCUCCAGGCAGUGGUUUACCAGCAGAGAAAGCAUCGUAGGGAAGCCGUGUUACCGUUGAGCCGCUUCUCCUUGUGCCGCAUUACAGUCGCCAUCCCUCACCGCCAAACAUGAGGACCACACUGGAGAUUGCCCUACUUCGUCUCUGAUAUCUGCUUGGCAAAGACACUGACUUGAGGGGAACGUUUACAUCGUUUGGCUUCCUGGGCUUCACAUAAAUGCCUUCAUCCCAAAAGGAUUUGUGGUGUGAACCGGGAGCACGGCAUUUGUAGGGAUACUGGUGCAGGUGCUUGUGAAGGCAAGUAGGGGCUGAGCCUGAGCUUCCAACUGUCCAAUGGAUUCGAGGAGGUGCUGCCUUCCCCGUGCUGCUCUUUCCCAUGUCACUGGAUGAUUCGAUCCAUGGCCAACAGGCAACAGCGUUAGAGGAAGCAUUUUCUCUCUACACCAAAUAUACAUCAAGCCAGGCCGUGUCCUGCCUCCCAGCUUGUUCUCCAUUGCAGAUUCUGCUUCUGUACAUUCAAGCUGCUGCCAGUCCUUCCGAAGCCCUGCUGAAGCCAGAGCCUGGCUGUGACGCUGGCUGCCGCUCCGCAGCUCCAGGGCAAGAUGAGCUGGGGGACAGCAACGCUGUCUGGGAACAGUGGCUCCAGGGUGCAUCCUGCCAUGUCUCACCUGCCAGCCCUUCUGUGUCCACCAGGCUGGCAGCAAAUGGUACCGCAGUAGGAAGAACCCCUCAUCAAAAUCCUCCCCUGCAUCCUACUCAUCCAUCGUGAGCCAGAUGACUUUGGCCAUGCUGCCAAGUCCUGGCCAGUUCCCAGCACCCAUUUCAACUGGCUGAUGCUGUUAUUCCGUCCUGCUUUUUGGAAGCAAAUGCAAACUGAUUUCUUUUCCUUUUUUCUUUCUGUGUCAGUCUCAGACAUCUUUCAUCACGCUGUGCCCAGCCAGUACAGGACAUGAAGCAGAACUAUUAUUACACUUUAUAUCCAGAGUAUGUUUAUAAAGGAUUAAUAAAUUAUUAAUGAUGUUUUCAUGAAGAGGUUGGUCCAGAGCCCUAGCAUCCUGCAGGUCAACACAGCACGCUUACCACAGCCUAUACCGGCUCCUGCGAUGCCCACCCACCCCUCUUCCGCGGUUGUUUGCACACUCACUCCUGUAAUUAACAUUAAUAAUCACCUAUUAACGCCCUGCAAAAUGACUGUCAUCCGCCAGCAUCAGUGUAAGAAAUGCUGUAGCAGAGAGUGUGCAGGCCAGGCUUUGCAGAAGUCCUGCAAGACUCCUCUCCUGCCAAACGCUGAACACAAGACCUGAUACCAAAUCUCCUGCCAGAGCAAGAAAAUCCCUUCCCACUGCGGUCAUGAGUCUCCUCGAGUCUUAAAAGAAGUGAAAGGUGCUUAAAAAACUGAGAACUCUUCCUGUUUGCAGAUGUGUGCAUGUGUAGGUGUUCAGUAAGUUCUUGCGGGGUGUGGGUUUUAGUUUUAUAGGGGUUUUUUGGUUUUUUUUGACCAAGUAUUUUGAAUUUGUGGUGAUCUCUGCAAUGCUCCUGAUGGAAGGUGAAACAAGCACAGUGCUGGCUGGCUGGGAGGUCCCACUCAAAUGGCUGCAAUGAGUCUUGCUUGCUUUGCUUUAUUUGCAUAGGGGGAAACUACAGCACAGACUCAGGGACAAACAAAUAUGUUGGGGGCUUUAAAAAUGUGGGGUUUUUUUCUGGGCUUCUCCGCUGGUAUGUGGGGUUUGUUUCUGUUCAUGAGGCCUUUGAUUGUGCAGUCUCAAAGGAUACUGCAGGGAUGUGGCAGAAGCCUUUGGCAGCGCUGAUUGCUGUACCUCGCAAGAGCUGCAGGGUUCGAUGUGCCAACAGCUCCAAAAAGCAGCUCUGGCCACUUAUGGUAAAUCCGUCCCUAAGCAGCAGCCGCCUCUCUUCAUUCACCCAUGUCCUAAAAAUUCACCUUACAGCUGUGAGAGUGUGGCUGGUCCCUCCUUGGGCCUGGUUGUGAACCACCAGGUAUGGAUUUUAAGCAAUGAGCCCCCGAGGACUUGGGAAGGGAAGUGGAGCUGCGCUGGCUCCCACCACAGCCCUGGGAUCUGAAGGCAGCUGGGAUGGGGGAAGCUAUUGGAGCAAUCACAUGGAUAAACGCUGAUGCAGGUGGCAGGCAGAUUUGUGGGAGAAAUUCUGUGUUUCUUGCAAUGAAAGCAUGAAAAGGAAAUAUUCCCUGGUGGAGAGACCUGGGCAACUCAUGUUCAGUAAAUGCCAGCUUUGCCUGGGUAGCGUGGCAGAGCUGCAGUCGUGACUACUGGGGCUUGGAUGGGCGAGCUGGCUCUGGAUCUGCAGCAGCUUCCCAGCUGCGUGCUGGGAUCGCAGGGAGGAGCAGGCAUGGAUGGAUAGGCUGGGGCACAGGGACACUGGGGACAGCACUGGCAGCACCACUUGGAGUUCAUGGAUGCAGCAGGAAAGACCCUUUCCACCACUUAGAAGUCCACGUGGUGCAGGGGAUCAUCUCUGAGCAAGGCAUGAGAGGUUUGCAUCUCAGCAGCUGCCUCUCAGUACUGGGCAGGGCAGCUGGGCUCUGUCCCAGUGACGAAUCCGUGGUGAGGCUCCCCUCGCCAGCAGAACAAGAUCGGCACAGGAAGCCCCCUGCAGAAGUGCCACCACUUGAUAUGACAACCAGAUUACAGCAGAACACAUUCAAACCCUUGUACAGCCCUGCGACCACCUCCCACAGCAGCUCUGCACAGGGUGAUGGCAGGCUAGCGGCUACGGCAUAGCCACGGCACAACCAUGGCACACACAGGACACUGCUGGCAGCCAUGGCACAUGUGGGACACCUCGCCAGAGGCCACCACGCACACGGGGCACCUCGCCAGCAGCCAUGUCAGACGCAACAAGUCCUUUAAUCAAAUUUUGGUUCCCGCCUGCGCUGCGAGAUGAGGGAGCUGCCAGGGCAGGGACAGCCGCUGCUCUGAAACUCACAUUCACCAAUGCACUUUCUGUAAAAUUGUUGUCAAAGUCUGAUCUGGAAGGAAAAUUAUUUUUUCCAUGGGAGUCAGCGUUUCUUUUUCUUUAUGGAUACCCUAAACACAUGGCUCAUCCCAAGGAUCACCACUGGGGGAAUCUUCACCCUUCCUUUAGGCAUGCUGCUAACCAAUGGAUAACGUUCCAUUUACAUCCUACUGACACCUCUCCUUCUUCUAUCUAGCCCCAAUGGAGAGGAGAAAACCUCUCCCAAUGUCUUAUUGUCCCAGUCAGAACAGAAAAACAGAUGAAUAAGUGCUUCAGUGAGAUUGUCAACUGGAAUCCCACAGCUUUGCCCUCACUCCUGUGGAGGAGAAAUGCCACUUCUGGCAUAAAGUGGAAUUAAAUUUCAGGUGAAUUUACUCAAAACCAAGCAAGUCUCCAAAGACUGAACCAUAUAAUAAUGAGAAAACGGCCAGUAAAAAGGGAUGGGAGACCACAAGUCAAGAAAGUUCUCAGCCUCUGCCUGUUGCUGCCUGAUGGAGGACAGCACCAAGCCCUGCUCCCCUGGGAUGAGGUGACGGCAGUCCUGGAGGCUUCCGAGUGUCCAGGUGGAAAACCAGAGGCCACCCUUGUCUGGCUGGUGCCAUGGUGACUCUGGCCACCGGGGCUUGUCAGCGGCCCUUGGUUCCACAAGUGCUUCCAUUUCACUGCUUCUCCUUUGCUGUCUGCACCCAGAAAUAGCUGCUGGUCGGAGGGAUACCCCCCAGCAUCCCCUUCAGUCCCCAGAGCUCCCCCAUGUCAUUGUCCCUCCUUGGACUGUCUCUGUUGACCUCCUCAGCACAGCUGCUAGCAGGGACCAGAGCCACCACGCUCACAACCUCUCCAUCGCAGCGCACUCCCACCUGCAGACCAGUUAAUGGCGCUUAGAUGGGGUGAUUGGCUCAGGGUUUGUCUUCUUCAAGAUGGAGCUUUCCAUCUCUGCCCAUCAGAUCUGCUCAAGACAAUGUCACAGUCAUCAAUGAUUUCCUGGUGUCCUCAAGGGCUCCUCCUUCACCCAUUAACAUGACCAGAGUGGCUGUCAUGGGUUGCAUGAAGCUGUAUGAACUGGUGUGAGCUGCUCUGCGGGGUUGGCAAAUCCAAGAGGUGUCCUGAAAUCCAUUGGACAUGUUACCACCUCCUCUGCUCCACUCUAGUGGUGGGAGCACUUGUCAGCCACAGGCUCUGGACAACCUGACCCAGCUUGGUCAGGAGAUCUCCCCUUGGGCCCUGUUUCAUGCUGUUCAUCAACCAUCAAUCAGCCUUUCUUUUUGCUUCUUAGAAGAUCUGUGUCAUUAAUGAAACCCACAACUCUUUCCUUAGAGAAGGAUGACGAAGCUGAGCACCUCCAUUUAACAACAGAGAAGGCUUUUACACGCAGUCUUCUUUAAAAUCCGUUUUUACAGAGAUGACGUGAGGUGAGCCUCCAUUAAACUCACAUUGAGCCCCUCCAGCGCUGGUUUUGGGGUUGCUUUUCCAGCCCCUGGCCCAGACCAAGUACAAAGCUCUGUUAGAGAGAUGUAACAGAAGCAGGAGCAGGAAAACCCUGCUGCAAAGCUUUGGCUCUGUCACAGCUACUAACAAAAAUCCCUCUGCCUUCUGCUCUUAUCACGUUUUAUCCUCUGGGCAGAAGGGGAAGAUUAUAUUCCUUGCAAAUGGAAGGGGAAAUCAGCACAGUAAAUUGUCAGCAUGGCUUAAAAAUGGGUCAUGCAGGCAAUCCCAAAGCUUCUCUACUCUUUCCCAGUCCCCUUGCAUCUCCACAUGGAGGAAGCCAGGAGCAGCCAUGACCAAGUCUUACUGAGAUCUUCUCUGCUUUGUCAUUCUAUGAUUCUAUGACACGAUUGUGCUUUGGGACAUCUAAAGGUAAGGGAACAGCACGAGGCAGAACACUACCACACUGAUAUUUUCUCUUGCAUCGCAACUGUAUCCAUACAGAGCCCCCGAGCACAGCAAUGUUUUAUUGGUAUAUAUCAUCCUAAGGUGUUCCGCUGGUAGAACUCAUCCAUGUGCAUCACCUGCCUCCACAUCAGACUGACUGUCCAUGUGCCUUUCAUUGUUUGCCAUGGUUUGUCAUCUUUUUUUUAACACAACUGCAGAACUUGAAUCAAUCCGUAAACUCUUGUUACGAGUCCUAUGCAAGGGAUGACUGGGAGUCAGUUUUCAAUCUCUCUGUGCUUCUAUGUCAUUUUAAAAGUAAAGACUGGGAUUUUCAGAGAAGCUGAGCAGAACAGAUGUAUGUUUUUUAGCUAAAUCUCUUUGAAAAGCUCAGCCUAAACCCCAGUUGCUUGCUAGGUUUUGCGUGGAGAGCAAGAGCUGAUGGCUGAACAAGCACCAGUGCAUGGCCAGGACAGACGGCAUGUUCAGUAGCCGGUGUUUCCCUCUAAGAGAAAGAAGUGAUAGUUGGUCAGAAAAGGUUGCCUUAUGCCUUCCCUAACCCUAAAUUGUGUUGGAGACCAUUGCUGUCCAAGUCACCAGCCCUGUGUCUGCCACCACUAGGUUGACCUGUUGGGUGUUGCCGAGGUCCCCGCCAUCCAGAGGCACCCACACAGCGUUCUCCAUUGGCCGCGCUCAGCCUGAUGCCUUACAACAGUGGGGCAGCUUCUACACCAGGAUGGGGAAAAGAGGGAAAAGAGCCCUGUUUUUCUACAUCACCUAUGCUGUAUGACUGAAACCUCAUCUGAAACUCAAUGCUAAUGAAACACGUCCUUUUUGUGAGUUAUGCGUUCAGUCGGUGUAAGCGUGGUCAGUAGGGACAGGGCGUCUGCCACGAGUCAAACAUUUGCCAUGAGUCAACAGACUGAAGGACAUGACUGCCUGGGAUAUGUUAACGUACUCUGCGUGUGUGUGUGUGUGUGUGUGUGUGUGUGUGUAACCUGGUUUGGUUGUUAAGUUGUAAUGCUGUCAUUUGACUGAAAAAAAAUCUAAUAUAAAGGAAAACCACAAGAAAUAAUAAAAAAAAUAUAUUUAAGAUCAAUUUGAUGUGUAGUCCUCUCAAACC